AUGGGAAUGGGAGCAGAAAAAUCCAAGCUUCACAAUUUCAAUCUUCCACCAUGUUUGAAAUGGGGAAAUCCAAGGCUUCUAAGAUGCAUGAACCAGAAACCCAAUGAAGUUAAUCCAUCUCCCGCCGCACCCAAUCGAAGACCUUCUGCUUUGAGAAUGAAGAAUGCAUCAUCUGGGAAGCCACAUGGAUCGAUCAAAAAGAAGGUGAGUUUCAACUUGUCUCCGUCGCCGUCGCCGGUGGUUGGUAGGUCAGGAUUGAGAACCAGAGUCAAUGGGCGAGAAAAAGAUCAGGGGAUUAAGGUUAUGGUUGAUCUGAAAGAAGGCCUAAAGCUGUCGAGUCCUGCGCCGGCUGAACCCGAUUCAUCUAGGCCAUGGAAUUUGAGGACAAGGCAAUCUGCUUCUAAGUCUCCAAUUGAAAGGAAUGGUGGAGGACAUAGUUUGAAUAUAUCUGGAACUGUUGGAAACAGAGUAAGACCGAAAUUUUCUAUUAGUCUUAGCAAACAAGAGAUUGAAGAUGAUUUUCAGGCAUUGAUUGGUAAGCGACCACCUUCAAAACCAAAGAAACGACCGAAGAUUGUCCAAAAAAGACUAGAUUCUCUGUUUCCUGGAUUAUGGUUGAAAGAAGUUAAAGCUAAAAUGUAUAAUGUUCCAGGAUCUAUAGAUUACAAGAAGUUGUAG